AUGUGUGAAAAUUCAGGUGCAACGGAUGCGGCUUCAUUACGUAGAGAAAUAAGAAGGAAAAAAAUAUUAGAAUUUUCGAGUAAUAGACUUAAAUUAAUCGAAGGUUUAAAUUCGCACAAUUCAAACACACCGUCAUUAUAUUCGAGGUAUAACAUAGAAAACCCAUAUUCUGAAUUUAAUUGUAAAGUCGAUGAUGACUCGACAAGGUUUGAAAAUUUCAGUAGAAAUAAUAUUAAUGAUGAUGAUUAUGAUGUAUCUAAAUUAAAAAGUGCAUUGAAUGAAAAUAAAGAUCUGAAAGAAAUAUCCGAUUUAUUAUUUGAAUCGAAAGAAAAAGAUUCAAAGGAUUACGACGAAGAUUCCAUUCAAUUAAAUGUAUCUGGACAAAAUGAAAAAAUUUCAAUUAUUAACGAAAUGUGUAAAAGAAAAUUACAUUACAUUCUUUUGGCUGUUACAAUCUUAUGUUAUAUAUAUUUACAUUUAUAA